CUAUUUUUUGCAUUCUAUUUUGCUUCAACUUUUGUUUCUACGAGGCUAAAGUAAACAUUACUUACUAGUAACUUCAUCGGUUAAUAACUCAGCAUGGAUCAAAUAUUGGUUGAUGUUUGUGGAGCAGGAUGCAUUGAUGACUUCUACUUGCUAAAUCCGGAUCUUGAAAGAAUCGAUGAGAUCCCAUUUGUGGAUACUCCGUUACACAUUGCUGCAUCAGCUGGACAAACUCAAUUAGCCAUUGAAAUCUUGAGCUUAAAGCCUUCAUUUGGUAGAAAGCUAAACUCUGAUGGUUUAAGCCCCUUGCACUCAGCUCUGAAAAAAGGACAUGUUGAGACAGUGAAACGACUCAUCAAGCAUGAUCCUGAACUCAUUCGUGUUCGAGGAAGAGAAAGAAUUACUCCUUUACAUUAUGUAGCAGAAACAGAAAAUAUCAAUCUUUUAGGGGAAUUUCUCUAUGCUUGUCCUGCAUCAAUCAAGGACUUGACGAGUCGCGGUGAAACUGCUUUACAUGUUGCUGUCAAAAACAGCAAGUUAAACUGUGUUCUAGUUUUACUAGGAUGGCUCCAAAGGACAAACAACAGAGAGAUUCUUAAGUUGAAAGAUGAAAAUGGUGAUACUAUUCUGCAUACUGCUGUUUCCACUAAUCAACUCCAGAUAGUUAAGUUGUUAAUCAAGAACAUGAAAAAUAUAAACGAAAAGAAUACACAAGGAAUGACAGCUCUUGACAUAGCAAUAGGACUUCCAGACGAACAAAGCAGAGAGAUGAAGAGAGUUUUACGCUCUGCAGGUGCUUCAACUUCUUCUUCACUGAACAAAGACGUUCUUUUAUCAGAUUUUCUUGGAUCAAAAGAGACAAUCACCGAAAAAUUCGUCAAAUACGACGUUAAUCUAAGAAAAGGUUUGUCAAAUGACGUACGAAAUGCGCUGCUGGUGGUAGCUAUACUCAUUGCAACAGCUACCUAUCAAGCCUUGCUCAGCCCACCUGGCGGCGUAACACAAGGCGACGGCAGCACAACAACCACCGCGGGCGGCGGUGAUCGUCCCGGAACGGUGGUUUUGCCGAAGAAAUACUUCAACCCCAUAAUGUAUACAAAUACGAUAUGUUUUGUAAUUUCUGUGGGGUUGAUUAUUUUCUUGGUUCAAACUAGUAGGUAUAGUUUGCCACUACAAAUGUCUUUGGUUUUCAUGAUGUUGAGCUACAUGAUUUCAUUGUUAGCCAUAUUUCCGCCGGGGAAAGUUGCUGCUUAUGCUGUGAUUUCGUCUUCUAUAGUGAUUAUAUAUGCAAGGUUUCUAGGAUCAAUGGAGUAUGUUCCUGGUUUAAGAUGGUUACUUGGCUAUGAUCGUCUUAAAUUGCAGCGAAAGGUUGUACUUAGCAAGUUUAAUAGAUCAAACUCUAUUUGUUGUUAUAUUAUGUUCAAAUUUAUGAAUCUUUGGUCUCACAAAGCUCGAACACUACAUUCUACAAUAUCGGAUACUUGA